AACAUCAUUUAUUUUAUUGAAUUGUUCUUUUUUAAGGUUUUUUUUUCUUUAAACAACGAAAAAUGAAGAAAAUAAGGCAACGAAUCAGCCGUGUAUUGGGUGGUAAUAAUAUUGUUGUUGAGCAACAACAAGAAAGAAAUAUAACCCCAACAAUAUCAGAAAUUGGAAUAAAUAAUAAUUUUAGUCUUCGUUCUAAUAGAGAUACAGAAACGAAUAAAAUGAAAUCAAAGUAUCGUUGGAGCCUGUCAGAUUCCCUUUCGCAGUUGGGUGAGAGAAUUGCGGAAAUGACUGUUGAAGAGGAAGGGCCUAGUAAUCGAGUACAGCCUUGCCAACAACAAAAUUGUGUUAAAGAGGAGGGGAAUAAUGUAAGGAAAAGUUUAUUCUGUAUUCUAAUAAACGCCUAUUCUAAUAAACGCCUUCUUGCGAAGGAUUUCUCUCGGAGGGUAUUUAUUGAAGAGGGGAGUAGAGAAGAAAAACAUCCACAAAUUACUUUACGUUCAAAAAAGCGUCAACAACUGCAACACCCUCAACCCUCCCAACAACAACAAAAUUCUUCCUCCUCUUCUUCCUCUUCAAGAACAAAAAGUUGGCAUGCCCCCCGUUGGUUUGGAAGUUUCUCAACUUCCUCCAUAACCACAAUAAAUGGAAGGCUUGGAUCUGAUGGUGAGAGUGCUGCUGAAGUUUCUCCAAGUUCUUCUGGAGAAACAACAAAUUCUUCCUCAACAUCCCCACAUUCUAGAAUUACUGCUAUUUAUGUACCUAAUGUUAAAUUGAGGAAGAAAAAAGGAGGAAAUAAUAAUGGGGCAAUGGCUACAGCUAAUAAUAAUAAUGCUACUGAUAAAGGAGGGGAAGGGAGAAGAUUGGAGGCAGAAAUCCAAAAACGUCUUUCACUACCCGCCUAUAUAAACAUCCCCCAAUGUGUUGUAGAAAAUUUGAGCAGAAUCCCAGCAGUCGAAAACCCAAUAAGCAGAAAAUGUCGCCGAGCAUCCCUCAACGAAAUUGGUUUUGGCAGAGCCGAAACCUACAAAAAAAUUUUUGAUUUGGGGGAAGGAACUUAUGCAACAGUAUAUUUGGGGCAAAGUUUAUUAACUGGGAGAAGUGUGGCAAUGAAAGAAAUUCGGUUAGAACAUGAAGAAGGGGCACCGUGUACUGCGAUAAGGGAAGUUAGUUUGCUCAGAAAUUUGAAGCAUGCUAAUAUUGUUACGUUACACGAUGUUGUACAUACAGACAGUGUUUUAACACUCGUUUUUGAAUUUGUUGAACAAGAUUUACGAGAAUAUAUGGAAGAACUCGAAACUUUAAUGUCCAUAAGAAACGUCCAGCUUUUUGCCUUUCAAUUACUCAGAGGGCUCUCCUAUUGCCAUUCUAGAAGAAUUUUACAUAGAGAUUUAAAACCUCAAAAUUUACUUGUGACUAAAGGAGGAGAACUUAAAUUGGCUGAUUUUGGGUUGGCUAGAGCACAAUCUAUACCUACUAAAAGUUACUCGAGUGAAGUUGUUACUUUGUGGUAUAGACCUCCAGAUGUCUUACUUGGUUCAACAGAAUAUACAACACAUAUAGAUAUGUGGGCUGUUGGUUGUAUAAUUUAUGAAAUGUUGACAAACCUCCCAUUGUUCCCUGGAAGUUCCCCAACAGAACAAUUAAAAUUAAUUUUUCAAAAAUUGGGAACUCCAAAUUCAGAAACACACCCAGAACUGAGAGAAUUGCCCGGAUUCAAAAAAUGCAGAAAUUUUCGGCAGCAUUCCCCAAAAUGUUUAAUUUGCCUUCCAAGAUUGGAUACAAUUACUGUUGAUUUAUUAUUGAAAUUGUUAAAGUAUGAUGGAAAUAAAAGAAUUGGAGCAGUUAAAGCAAUGAGACACCCAUUCUUUCAAGACUUUCCUGAACAAUUGUUCAGGCUUUCAGACAAUGAAUCAAUUUAUUCAAUACCUGGAAUCUCUUUUAUUUCGGAUAAAAAAUUUCGUCCAACUGUAGUGGAUGCACUUGCUUCUACUCAACGUUUAAUUACUACCGAUAUUAAUAUUUCUUGA